AUGGCGGCGGCGGCGGGGACGACGACACAGCGGCGUGGCGGCGACGACAUGGAGUCUCAGCGGGAGCACGGCGACGAUGGUAGUAGCCACCGUGAGCAGCAAGAGCAGCAGCAGCCUCUGCUGGAGAAGCGGCGGCGCUCCUUGGCCGCGAACGACGUCGACGGCGGGAUGAGCCCGGUCCAGCGUGCCAUCAGCCAGACGUACCAGAGCACGGCGCACCUGGCGAAGCUUCUGCCGACGGGCACGGUGCUGGCGUUCCAGCUGCUGUCCCCGGUGGUGACGGCGCAGGGCCACUGCGUGCGCGCCAACCGCGCCAUGGCCGCCGCUCUCCUGGCGCUCUGCGCGCUCUCCUGCUUGGUGCUCAGCUUCACCGACAGCUUCCGGGACGCCGCCACGGGCGCCGUCCGCUACGGCUUCGCUACCACGCGGGGCUAUGGGUCAUCGACGGCGGCGCGCCGCUGGACGACCCCGCGCGCCGCGGCGGCGUACCGGAUCCGGUUCCUCGACCUGGUGCACGCCGUGGUGUCCGUCAAGAUCUUCGCCGCCGUCGCGCUGCUCGACCAGAACGUCGUCACCUGCUUCUACCCCGUGCCGUCGGAGGACGCCAGGCAGGUGCUCACCGUGCUGCCCAUCGCCAUCGGCGUCGUCGGGAGCAUGCUGUUCGUCACCUUCCCGACCACCCGCCACGGCAUCGGGUUUCCGCUCUCACAGCACUAA